AUGGCACCACAACUCGCAGACAUCCUCCAAGACUCCGUGUUCCGCCCAGAGCUUGUCCAACGCAUCACUUUCCGCUCGGCUCCGGCAGCUCUAGAGGUCGUCCCCUAUAACCCAACAUGGCCUAAUCUUUUCGCCGCAUCGAAAGAGCAAAUAACCACCGCACUCGGCGAUGUAGCCGUCGCUAUACAUCACACCGGCUCCACAAGCGUGCCAGGCUUGCCAGCAAAAGAUACCAUCGACAUUGAUCUGGUCGUCCGCGACGCCACCAACGAAGCCGAAUACGUGGACAAGCUCGAAAACGCUGGCUUCAAGUUUCUGUUGCGGGAGCCGCAUUGGCAUGAACAUCGCUUUUUCUAUGCUUAUGUGCCUCAUGCCGUCAAUCUUCACGUGUGGAGUCCCGAUUCUCCAGAGGUGGAGCGUCAUUUGAUUUUUCGACAGCGACUACUUGAUUGCCCAGAGGACAAGGCAAUGUAUCUUAGAGCCAAGGAGUUAGCAGCUUCUCAAACUCGAGAGCACAGCGGCAAUCUGCAGGACUACAACUUGCUCAAGGAGGAUACAAUUCGCCAGAUAUUGAGGAAUGCAUUCAGGGCUUUGGGUUACAUUGAAUAA